CUUGUCGCUAUGUGGCGUUCAUGAGUGUUUCACGGCAUGUGGGCUGAAGAACUCACGAGGCCCUAUGGCACAGGCACCGCAGACCGGCGGCCCAGCCUUGAAGCUAGCCGGCUUCUACUGCAGUCAGAAGGCUCCUUGAAACUGGAGAAUUUCUCGGAAGCUGUCAGAUUAGCAGAACAGUCUCUGAGUGCCUUUCGACAGUUUGGAGACACACGCGGGCAGGCGGAUGCUGCACGGCUUCUGUCCGUCGCCAUGAUUCAUCAGGAUCGCCGCAAAGAGGCGGAUCGAUUGCUGAAAGAUGAGCUGGCCAUCUUCCAGACCUCCGCCAACUCGGGGUCCAAGUCGGCCGAGGCAAGACUUCUUUUGGCCCUGGCUGACGUGAACAGCGACAGGCGCGGCCAGAAGAAACGAGAAGAAGCGCUACGCUUUGUCGGCCAAGCUCGAAGCUUGUCCGUUGAUGAAGCUGAUGCAGGUCUACAAGCCUCCUCAUUGGCAGUGACGGCGAAAAUCUUCAUCAAGUACAAAGGGGAUCAAAAAGCUUGCAACAAAGAAGCUCUUCGGCUGGGGACGCAGGCCCUACAACUCUAUGAGCAAAUCAAUGAUUCGCGUGGUCGCGCCAUCUCUUCGCACCAUUGUGCCAUCGCGCAAGGCAAUCUGGGCGAGAUAGCGGCAUCACUCCAGUACAUCAACGAUUCAGCUUCUUUUUGGCGCAAAGCUGAGGACCUGAUCAUGGAAGCGAAUGCACAGUUGAUGAUGGGGGGGCUUCUCCUGAAGGGUGGCGCAGCACGACAAGCCGUAAGCGCUGCCGAGUCUGCGUUGGCCUCCUACCGCAAUUGCCACGUAACCGGCUCCCGUGAGCUGCGUGCCGUGCAGCUGGCGGUCCGUGCGCACAUCGGCAAUGGUGAGCCGUGGCGUGCCAUUUGGACCGCCGAGGACGCCGUGGCGCGCUAUCGCGAACGUCGCGAUCGACCCAAUGAGGCUCAAGCUUUGCUGUCACUGGCCAGCGGGUAUACCUUUUCCCCCUCGGGCCGUGAGGAGCAGGAGGUACCUGUCAAUAUGCAGACGAAGAUGACACCUCCCAAGGAAGCAGUGGACACGCUGCAGCGGGCAUUGCAGAUUGCACGCGAGCUGAACGACUCAGUGCUCGAAGCGCAGGUGAUGUCACACCUCUCCAACAUGCAUGUGAAGCGCACGGAGAUGGAGGAAGCAAUCUUUGCUGCCCAUGACGCUUUGAGCCACCGGGAGGUGAAAGAUGUGGAGGGAAAGGGUGUCGCGUUCCAGUCCUUGACGUCGGCGCAUUUGCACAACAAGGAUUUUGCUGAUGCAGAGCGGGCGGCUCGGGCACAGAGAGAUUUCAGUCGACGCGAGGGUCAUUGGUCCGGAGACGCUCAAGGGCAACUGUCAAUGGCUGAAGUCUUGUGCGCUGAGAGGAAGUUCGACGAGGCGGUGGACUGCGCCAAGGAAGCGCAGAAUUUGUUUGCGGAGCAUAAGGACCGGAAAGGGGAAGCUCGCGCCCUGCUACAGGUGGCCAAAGCGCGCCUUGGAGCUGCGGAGUAUGAGAAGGCGCUACAUGUCGCGGAACGUGCUCAAGAAUUGUUCCUACGUGUGAACGAUCUCCUGGGGAAGUGCGAAGCCUUAAGAGUCAUGGCGGAGUGCCGAAGCAAACUCUUGGUGAAGCAGCAAGAGCAGAGCACCUUGAAGCUCCGCGGCCGGAAGGCCAAUGCCAAAGCGCCGCUACCCUGGGAGGAUCUGUCACGCGCAGCUACUGUCUCCAAGCAGGCCAAAGAUGCCGCCAAGGAGGUGGGCGACGUGCAGGCGGAAGCGGCUGCCUUAUGCGUCAUCGCGCAGAUCCAUGUGUUCAAUGGUCGUCCACAGCAGGAGAUCUUGGAGACUCUGGAUGAUGCCAUGGCUCUGGCCGUUGAGGCGGGGGACAGCAAAACCGAAGCCACGGCAUUGCUGUUGAAAGCUGAAACCCAUUUGCAGGCAGAAGAGCUGCAAGAUGCGCUGAAGGCGGCCAGGCAAGCUGAGCUACUGCUCAAGUCAGUGGAGGAAGAUGGGGCUAAAGCCAAAGUGGAGGAGAUCCUCAACAAACUGCGCGGCCACGAGUUCCGCGUCGACGAAGCCCCUGCGCGACAAACGCCCGCGGCCUACGGCUAUGAUCCACGCCUGGCCUUGCCAUUGGUGGCUGGCCCAGAUCCGGAGCUGGUCAAGAAAACCAUCCAGGAGGUCACCAAAAAGAUGGUGGGCAAAGAAGACGAUUUGGAACAAGAUUUGCCGCUCAUGGACCUAGGUGGCUUUGAACAUUUUGAACGUGUCGAAACCUUCGGGGUGAACUCUCAAGAGCUAAGGAGACAUCUUGCGGUCUCGACAUCUAGAUGCCCAGCUGAGGUUACCAAAGGAAAAGGCAGACCCCCGGAGCUGAAAGUGGCUGGAACUGAUCGGAUCGGAUCUGAUUCAGAUCUUCUGGAGAAGAUGACUGCCAUGGAGAACCGCGCACUCAUGUGGCAGGCAGACUUAGACCAGGAGCUUCAAAGGCUCAACACGGAGAUCUCCCAGGUCCUGCAGGACACCGCUCCGUCGCCGGCGGCGGAGCAGCUGGCGCUGUGGCGGAAGGAGCUGCGACAGACGCGGCAGUUCUUGGUUGAAACCUUGAAGCUUCUGACGGAGAAGGAUGCGGAAACGUUGCUUGAUACCAAGCAACCCAAGGAGGAUGUGACAAGAGCAAAGCUUGCGAGAAGAGAGAUGGAGUUGCAGCAGCGCGAAGAAGCUCUACAGGCCAAGGAAAAGAAAUUGCAGAUGGUGAAGGAUCAGGAGAGGCAGCCGGCGUUUUCUUCAGCGUUGCUGGCGAAGGAGCGCGAGUUCUUGGACUUCAAGGACAAGCAGCUCCUGGAGCGUGAACAAGCGCUGCAGAGAGAGAAGCAGCUCCAACAGGACCGGGAGCACUCCUUUCACGCGCGCGAGAAGUUGCUGCUGGACCGGGAGUUGACGCUCCAGGAGGAGAAGAAACUCCACCAGGAGAGGGGAAGACAGCAGCAAGAAAGAGAGGAAAGCCUACAAGCUCAAAGAAAACUCCAACAGGAACGAGAGGAGUCACUCGAUGCCAAGGACCGCCAACUCCGCUCAGCACCAGCGCCAGUCGUUCCGGCGCCGGAAGCAGCGAAGGCACCGCGGCGUGCACCAAAGCGUAAGGCGGAGCCGCCUGCGAAGGGCCCUCCUCUUCCACAAAAUCGCUCCUCGAGAUCGCGCGAGCGAGUCGAAGAGGACAAGCGCCCGAAGACCAAGAGAAGAAAAGUUCCAUACGUCACCUUCGAGGAACUUCGCUGGGACUGGCUCAAGAGCCACAGCCCAGAGGUUCUCGCGGUUCCCGCCGAGACGGUAGAGGAGUUGGACCUGUUGCAGGCGUUGAAGGCGCCGCAAAGAUCAGUUCCAAGUGAGCUGCCCUGGGAUACAGAUCUCAUGGUCGAGUUGGAUGAGGUGGCGCCACCGCAGCCAAUUUCGGCGGAUGCGGAGCUGAUGGUGGAACUGGAGGAGGCGCCUCCCGAAUUCAGAGAAGCUCCAGCACCUGUCAAGCCAAAACCACAGGCGGAAAUUGAGGAGAGCUACUUGGUGGAUGGGCUGACGGAGGAGGAUCUCUUCGACGUGGAGGAAGAGGCAGCCGCUGAGUACAUGCCUCCGUCGCCCAAGAUGAACGCCAAGAAGCCGCCCCCCGAAGUUCGGUCGCCGGUGCUCGCCGAAAGCGAAGCGCCGGGCGCAGCGGCGGCCGCGGGGGCGGCGAAGAACAAGAAGAAAGAUUGGUACCAGCGCCACUACCCCGGGCAAGUUGCUCCACGAGAGCAGCGCGAGACCUCUCAGCGCUGGCAGCGCCCACGGCAGAAUGGUUUCAAACCACCAGGCCGUGCUGGUGCUGCGGUUCCACGACCACAAGAGCUGGACUGGGCCUACGAACCGCUGAAGGGCCAGUCGAAGACCAACGAUGGACUCUUUCCACAACUUAGCGACAGCUUGCCAUCCAUCGAUGAUGUGUUGCCCUCGCUGUGA